GACCUCGUCUCUGGCGAGCUCCCUCCGGAGCUUCUCGAGCCCGCAGAGCCCUCUGUGUCAGCGAAGGCCCAGUCUCGGCCCGUCAGCGUCCAGCUCUCCGGCAUACCGACCUCGAUGAAUAGCACGAGUGUUUUCGACUUGCUCGCGCAGUUUGGUGGUCCAGUCAAGAGCCUGCACUUGGCCCAUGACCGGUCGACGGGCCAGCACUCCGGAAACGGCACUGCCGAAUUUGCAGACUACGAGUCUGCAGUCGAGGCCUGCCGCUUCUCUCCGCUCCUGGGGUUCAUUGAGGUGACCAUGCAGGAACCUGCAGAUCACGCCCAACCAGCUGACAGCGAGGUGGGUCAUCGCAGAUCUCGCUGGUCAGAAGAUGCAGCCGAUGAUGAUCUGGGGCCCUUCAAUGCCAUCCUGCCGCCAAAGCAGCCGGUCGAAGCCGCAGAGGACGACGACGACCUCGGACCCUUCAACGCCGUCCUCCCGAAGCGCACCGCGCCGCCGGCGGACGACGACCUCGACCUCGGCCCCUUCAACGACAUCCUGCCGCCCAAGGCGGCACCGGCACCGGAGGAGGACGAGGCAGAUGACGAUGAUGAUCUGGGCCCCUUCAAUGCCAUCCUGGGCCACAGCCAGUUGGCUAGCCUCGUCCGAGUUCUUCUCAAUGCCAACGCGGACCGCCGUUACAAAGAGGUUGCAAGAGACGGUCACGGGACCGAUCCGGAAAUAGGAGACAACGUCCGAACUGAUUUCUUCCAAGUACCAACAGAAGUACUGGCGGAUUCAGGGAACGUCGGGAACGUUGCCCGCGGCACACCGACCACCUUAGCCAAUUUUCUUUACACUGAUGUCCAAGCGCCAAAUGUCCUGGGCGAGACACCGCUGCUCGCGGCUGCCGGGUCACAGAGAGACCUGCAGGGGUCAGACGACUUCGCUGGAGAAACGGCACUGAUGGAAGCCGUCGCGGGCCCACAGCUUGUUGUGGACUCACGGAAGGCAUUCUUUCCGAAGUUCGGGAUGUCCUGGGAUGGUGGCUGGGGCACCAGCUGGGGCAGCAGCUGGGGCGGCGACUGGAAGCGCAAGCGGGAUAGCCAGGACUCGAAAUGGAAGAACGAUGAGCGGAAAUGCAAGCAGUGUCGCAAAUGG